AUGGGCGCGCUGCAGCUGGAGCUUGCGGCGGCUUUGGGUGUGCUCCCGGUGUUGGACCCGCGGGACGUGAUUAGCACCCAGACCAGAAGAAGGCUGGACACACUCUCCUCGCGCUGUGAUCACGGGCCUCGCACUCAUUUGCAAUCAGGCCGCAGAGCGCGUUCUGUCCAGGUUCAAACCCGGCUCACCAUCUGCUGGAGCGCAGGAGAUGUGGAGGCUGCAGCGUGA